GGGCCCGUCGAGGCUGACAUUCGUGUCGGGGGGGGCGGCGAGGCAGUGCUUUGGCAGCGCAGACGGAGGCAGGUCCCUCACGGUCAGGGCCGCGCGUCCAGAAAAAAAGGGAACGCGCAGUUCCACGAGGCGCAGGGAUUUUCGCAGCUCUCCUGCACUUGAAAGUCCUGAGGAUUCCUAGGAACUCCCUCCAGCCCGCCCCGAUACUCACCUAGUCCUAAUUCUUUUCGCGUCUGCCUCCCUACUGUCCUCCCUAGUUCCCCAUCCCACACAUAAUUUCCGGUUACCUUAUGAAGAUUUCCCGCCUUGUCGUUUAUGGGGGCUGAAGUGAGGCGGCGUUCUAGGGCUGCCUCGUGUGGUGUUAGCUUUCGCUGAUUCCAAGGGAUUCGUUGUCACCCUGAAGUAAUUCACUUGUGGUCCGUUGGCAGUGGAACCCAAGAGGGCUGCACUUGUCCUGUGCCGAAUCAGUAGCUGAAGGUGGCAGUUGAGGGCUUGGAAUGCAGCUAGUCAGAAUGGAGACGUGCGGGAUCUGUACUAUCUUUCGAGGAAUUAGUAUGCAAAACAAGAAUGUAAACUAUUAACUUUUAUGCUCAUCAUAUGUCGAGAUAGCAUUUUGCGUGCAUUGGGUUAAAUAAGCUGCUAAACUGACUUUUACCUGUUGCAUCCGUGCUCAAAUACAUAACUGAGCAGGGCUCACCUGAAGAGCCAGCACAAAGGGCCUCGAAAGGAAAUGGUUCUCACUUUCACCCUACUCUCCUGUCUCUGCCUCUACAAAGCGUUUUGUGUCUUCCUGUAUUUUAUAAGCCCAGCGAAAGAAAAUUUCCAUCCGUAACCUUUAACAAAGCUUUGGAAUCGCCCUUUCGGUUCAGUUAUAGCACUUUGUACUGGUUCUGUAUGGGUUUUCGUUUUGUUUGCAUUGCAGAGGGCAUCUGGUGAGUAAACGUAUUUUUAGAAUGAUGGAAGACGAUGAUGAGGCAAAACUCCAAGAAGAAAUAGAAGCUGAGCUGGAUAAAAUCAGCAUUUCCUCCUUAGAAGAAGAUGAGGUUGAGAGUGAUCCAAAGUCGGACACCGAGAGUGAUGACAGUGAUACAGAGUUAGAUGAAUUUCCAGAGUCAGUUCUUCACUAUAUUAACAUCAUAAAGAACAAAAGUAAAACAGUUGAAGAGCUCAUUCUUCAGGACUUAGAAGAAGUUGAUGUUUUAAGCUGUAAUUAUGGAGGAGUUGCUAAUAAUCAUAGAUAUUUAAAGAUAGGAGUUUCAACUGAAAAUAAAGAAAAUCCGGAUCAAUUAAUGAAGAUAUUAUCUGAAAUAGAAAAGGAAGAAUUUUUGAGAAGUAAAGCCCAUUGUUCCAGUCCUGGUUCUGUUCUUGAGCCUCAUCCUCAUGAUUUGCCUAUGGAUGAACGUAUUGCACAAGAUGAUGGUGAUAUAAAUUUUGGGUAUUGUGAAGUGGAAGAAAGGUGCAGACAAUCAUUUGAGGCUUGGCGAGAUAAACAGAAAGAACUUGAGGACAAAGAAAAAGAAAUUCUCAAAGCUCAGAGAGAGAGAGAAGAAAAGCAAUUUCAAGAAGAAGAAGAAAAGAGACAUUGCUGGAUGAAACAAUUUGAAAUUGAGAAAAAGAAAUUAGAGAACAUUCAGAAGGAAGAACAGAACAAGAUAAAUGAUGAACUCCAUAAAGAAGAGAAAAUAUGGAAAGAAAAGCUUCAACAGCAUGAGGAAUUUAUUAGAAGCUUGCAUUUACAAAUGGAAGAGGAAAGAACAAGACUUAAAGACUUACAGGAAACAGAAAAAAUACGUUUGUUAAAACUACAGAAUGAUGCAGCCAUAAAAAUUCAAGCUAAAUAUAAAGCAUUUGUAGCAUACCAAAAAUAUGGCCCGAUCAUAAAAGCACAACUAGAAAGCAGGAAAAAGAAAGCACAAGAAUGGAAAGAAAUGGAAGCAAAAAUACGACAAAUGGAGGCAGAAAGGCAAAAACGAUUAGAAGAGGAGGAAAGGGUAGAAGAAGAGAUAAAAAGACAGAAACAAGAAGAAAAGAAAAGGAGAGAAAAAGACUAUGAAGAAAAAAAGAACAUUCUGAGACAAGAAAGAGAGGAACUGCGAAACAAGGAAAAAUUAAGAUUAACAGAAGAUGCAAAACAACAACUAAUAAUAAGUAGUACCUUAAAGAAAGAAAAUUCUAUUGAUAAAUAUCUAACUGUUGAAGAUAAGUCAAAGAAUAUGUGUGAUACAGCCUUAAAGAUUAUGGAUGAAAAUUUGAAGCAAGAAGGUAUUCCUCUUGAGGAAUCAAAUAAAACAGAAAAUGUAGAUACACAUCUAAUAGUGAAAGAAUUAGUGCAACCCAUAUCAAACCAAACAAUUUUGUCAGAAUUAAAAAUGGAAGGAGAAAAUACAAACCCAACAAAAAUACAGUGUUCAGAAAAAUUGGGCAAGCAAGAAAGAGAAUAUGAAAAUAUAAAUAAAAAUACUGGACUGGAAAACCCAGGUCCAAAAGAAAAUGUGAAAGAACAGUUUCAGAUGCAAGAAUUAAAUUCUCAAAUACAAAAAGAGAAAAAUGUCAGACAUGACGUAAAUAAGAAUGUGGGAGAUGAAAUCCAAGUAAUAAUAGUUGGACAUAGUAUAGGAAUUAAUGAGGUAAAAAACACGGAAGUGCAGAAAAUAAUCACAGGUGACCAACAGAGAGAGGCACAAAAAGUAGAAAAUGAAGAGGUACCAAAACACAAUGAAUCAUUACAUGAAGAGAAUAAUACUUCACUAAUUUCAAUGAAAGAAAAAUUGUUAUCAAAAUUGGAAAAGUCUGAAGAUACAAGGAAAAAUUUACACGUGCAACAAAAACAAACUGAUUUAAAAUCCAAAGAAAUUGAGGACAGUCCAGAAGGCAAUGCUCUGAAUAGUGACUUUGUCAUUUUUAAUGCCACUGAUGCCAUGAGAAAUACAGAAGGCAAAACAGACAAGCAAGAUUACAUUGUGGGAAGACAUACUCCUUGUGAAAAUUUGUGUGGCUAUAAUGUAGGAAGUUCCUUAGUUUCUAAAGAAGUUGGCUCUCAGAAAGCUGAGGUUAAAGAAAUUCCAAACCAGUGUAAUAAAAAUGCAGCUGAGUAUGAAAAUGUCAGCUCUGUACCAGAGUCAACACUUCUGUCUUCUAUUGAAGAAAAGAGACUAGCUUGGAUGAAAUCAUGUAAACCUUGGUGCAAAAUCUUCAGUCAGAAUCAACAGAAGAAAAUUGUUAAAAGAAGGAGACCUGUGAAAUGUGCAGCCAAUAGGAUGCCUCCUUUGAGUACACUAGAAAUUCUUCAGUAUGGCAGUUGGAAUACUCUACAGCAGGUUACAACAGUGACAUUUCAAGAUUUGCCAGGUUGUAAUCUCUCCCCAUUAGCAGAGUGUACAAACCUUCAGUUUCUAUCUCUUCGACGCUGUGGAUUAACUUCUUUGCAUGGCCUGGGUAACUGCCAUAAACUUAAGUAUAUUGAUGCACAGGAAAACCAUAUUGAAACCAUCAACUGUGAAAAUCUGGAAAAUCUCUGUGUUGUUCUUCUUAAUAAAAAUCAACUGACUUCUUUUCAUGGUUUGGAUGGCUGCACUAAUAUUCAAAAUCUUGAAGUUUCUCAUAAUAAAAUCACUCGAAUUGGUGGUUUAGAAUCUUUGAAAAAUCUUCAGCAACUAUUCGUGGACCAUAAUCAGUUAAUUAGUACAAAAGGUCUUUGUGACACACCUACCAUUAUACACCUGGAUUGCUCAUAUAAUCAUCUGACUGAUGUUGAAGGCAUUGAUAAUUGUGGGCUGCUCCAAAUAUUGAAGUUACAGGGGAAUUAUCUAAGUGAGCUUCCGUCCUUGGAUAAUCAUGUUCUACUAAGGGAAUUAUACUUGGAUGAUAAUAGCAUUUCAGCUGUGGAAGCAUUUUCUUCAUAUUGGCUGCCUUUAUUACAAAAUCUUACUAUCUCUCAAAACAGUUUGACAAAAAUUGUACCACUUUUUCAUUUUGUUUCCUUGGAAAAGCUAGACUUCAGCAACAAUUGUCUUUCUGAUCUUACAAGUCUCAUAAAAUGUUUUGAAGCAUGCUGUUCUCUCCGUGAAUUAUCUGUCACUGGAAACCCACUUCUUCAAGAAAUAAACUGGAGACAUUCUCUUCUUGAAGUGUUACCUUCCCUACAAAUCCUCAAUGGUGAUAUGCUAAGCUGUUAUACAGAAAGUCACCCUGAAGACAACUGUCAGCUAAAUUUAGGAUGUUUCCUAGAACUUUGUCAGACCCAGAUUCAACAAUUCAACCUACUAGUUGAAAACCAUAUCACAGGAAAAGGAGAUGUACUUACCUUGGAUAUGGCAGAAAAUCUCUAUAAUUAUUUUAAGAAAUUGAUGACACUUAGUAAUGAAUACCGAUACGCACAUGAACAUGGAGAUGUAAAUAUCACCGAGAGAGAUGAAUCCACAAUGCUGCACAAUUGUGUGGCUCCUGCAUGCAUUGACAGCCUAUUGCAAAAUAAAGACCUCUGCUCUUCCGCAAACAAACAGAAACAGGAGUCACUUAAUAUUCCUGAGAAAUUGAUGAACUCUGGCUCUACUCACUUCCUAUUAAACAACAACUCUGUACGUGAAGAUAUGGAAGGAGGAAAUCAAGAAAAAUUAAUAGGACAGAAGAGAGAAGACAGCGAAGCAAGCAAUAUCCCCCCCAAAAGAGCCCCAUUCAUAGAAACAGUGAUGACAAACUCUCUGAGGAAGCACCGAAAUCCAGUACACAGUGAGAAAACUAUGGCAGCUGUAUUAAUCCAGGCACACUGGCGUGGAUACAUCAUGCGCAAAAAGAUUAAAUUCUCCACAUGGUUUCAUACUGCUACAACAGGACUGCUACCUAAUUGUUGCAUCAAGAAUCAGACUGUUUUAAAGAAAGAAAAAAGAAAAAAUAUUGUGAAUACUGAAGAACAGAGAAGGAAGGCUGCUAUUCUCAUUCAGGCUGUUUGGAAGGGCUUUAUUUUGCGAAAGAAACUGACAGCAGCUCUAGAUGCUAUUAGAAAUGAAGACUCUGAAGAAGAAUAUGAAGAAAUUGAUUUAGAGGACUUUACUUUUGAUGAAGCUUCCUUAGAGAAAGAAUGGCUAGCUUUAGAUUCCACCCGCUUCCCUUCACAAACACCACUGCUUUCAAACCAGCUGCACCGGCCAAAGAUCUCUGGAACCUUAAAAUAUGAUGAUACUUCCCUUAACUUACCAAGUCAUCCAGCUCAAGCAUGGCUCUGUAAUGAAAAAGAAAAUGUGUUUUCAUCAGAACACCCAGGAUUAAACAGCAGAUCAGAAAAUAGAACUUUAACCACGACAUCUGAAUCAAAGACUAGUAGAAAGAGUUUGCUAAAAUCUGAGAAAGAAGAAAAAAUUUCAGAAGAAUGGGGUUUUAAGAAUAUUGCUACUGCUCAACAAAUGUUGAAGAGGGCACAGAAAAUGAAGUCAAAGAAACUAAAGAAAAAAAUAGAUCCCACUGUGCGUCUAACAUUAUUCAAAAGCAAUGAAAAUAAAGUUUCUGUUACAAAGUCACCAAAGAAGGCAAGGCCCAGAAGAGUUGGUUACUUUCAAGGUAAAGAAGACUCUAUCUAUGAAGAUACAACUGCAAAUGAAAAAUUAGAAAGGAGGAGAGAAUAUACAUACCAAUGGCUUCACACACAAGUUGGGGUUCAUGAAACAACUAGUUCCAGAAAUAUGAAAUGCAAUCACUUCUUGCCUGAGUUAGAUCCAGAUGUACUUAAUGGUGGAAGAGUUCAACUUAUGGCAAGACUUGUAAGCAGAGAAGACACGGAUUUAGACCUUUUUUCCAUGACCAGUGGAAGUGCUUUGUCUGUGAAUAGAGAAAAAAAAAGUCAGGCACACAGACACUCAGCGGGAUCUUCAACUUUAAUAGCAAGCGUUGAUUUGGAGGCAUCACGUUGGGAACUGAAGAUGUCUUCGGAUGCUGUGGACGCCACACUGCUGCAGAGCUGUGGGAAGGCUGACGAUGAAGCCGCGGAAGCAACGCAGCAGCAGCGCACACACAAGCACGAGGCCACCUGGCUUCUUGCCAUGAUACAUGACAUUCAAUUAUUUUAGUACUUUUUCAUGAGAGUUUUGCUCCACCAGCUCCUCCUUCCCUCCCCAGAUCAUAGCUUUUCUACAUUUGGCAUAGCUCUCCUGAUUCAGCACGCAUUUUUCCUAGCUUCACUUAUAAGCCUCAAACUCUAACUGCAAAAAUAAAGUGCUAAGAGUAAAAUUGUUGGAAUCCCAUCUUGACAAUUC